AUGGAUGACAAGAUCAGCUCUCUCACCGAUCUCCCGCUCGAUAUCCUCGUGCUCAUCUUCCCAUACCUGGACCCGAAGAGCUUCCUGGCACUUUGCAGCACCUGCAAAGCGCUGCAGCAGCCCUCAAUAUGCCUCGACCCCACGUACUGGCGGCUUGCCACUCGCAGCACCUUCCGGGUGCCUAACCAACCAGUCGUAGCAAAUGAUGGCACACGAUGGCAAAAGAUGUACCGCCGUCUGCUCACCCAGAGCCGAGUAUUUACCUGGGGCAGCAACGGCAGCACGAGACUAGGACAUAGCUACGCAGCGGAUACCCACAGCCUUGGCAUGCCUCCCAUCGUUCGACGAGGCCUGUCAGACAGGCUACGACGCCAGAAUCGGGGUACAUGCGGUUUUCCCACUGAAAUGGAAGAUACACGGAGCUUGGGCGUCAUCGCUGACAUGCAGUGUGGUGGCUGGUCAACGACCCUUCUCACCUCUGAAGGCUCCCUCUAUACUGCCGGUGUCCUCAACGGGCAGAGAUUUAUGCAUUCGCCUGAUGGGCUGCAGAAACUCUCAUUCCCCGCGGGACCUGGUCCAACUUCGUCCUCCGCCGAAACACAGCAGAACGAGUCCAUCACCGCCAUACGGCAAUUUUCCGCUGGUCGAUCACACAUCUUGGCCCUGUCGGACAGUGGCAGGAUAUGGUCGUGGCAGGACGCAAAGCAGCCCGCUCUGCACGUCAAUUUUGCUGGCCUAGGCAUCAACGAGCUAUCUCCGGCUUGUUUGGAUCAUCCGUCGUCCGGCUAUGGCCUGGUAAAGCAAGUGAAUGCUGGCUGGAGCCGGAGCUCAGCCUAUGUGCAGGGUGUGGGCAUUGUGGUGUGGGAUCCAAUUGAGCCGCAACCCCCGCAUGCAGACGAUGAGACGCACACUGUGCUUGUUUCGCAGUAUGCUGAGGUCCCAAAGACAGGCUACAAGCGCGUAAAGGACACGCAUGGAGAGUCGGAAUUCGAAAAGGCGCUAGGCGCCGCGGUUGGAAGUCUGCUGAACUACAUCAUUCUUGAGCACUUCGUCGUCUUCGUUACCGAUAUUGGCAAGGUCUUCUGUGCUAGAUUUGGCGAAAACAACAGCGUGGACGACGUCCUCGAGCUUCAGCAACUGCGCAACGAGAAGGGCUCGCCUCUUGAUGUGCAAGGUUCAUUUCGCCGCUUCGCCGUGUUUAGGAACAACGAAGUUAUCACCACUGAUCAAGAAUACCUCGAGGCAUGCUGGAAUGCCCGGCACACCGAUCCUGAGCAGGCUGAUAUCCGGGGGCUCAGAAAGAUCGCCGCUCUACAGCACAACGACAUCAUUCAAAUUGCAUUCGGAGACUAUCACUUCCUCGCCUUGCACUCAAACGGGAAAAUUACAUCUUACGGCGCUGAGCCGAACGCCUGUGGCGCCUUAGGCCUAGGCGAUGAAACCAGUAUGGCAGGACACUCUCGUGGUGUUGUCUACGAGGGGUUUAGUCGCCAAGGUAAGCUCCUUCCACAUGCUUACACACAUGGUCGGCAGGUCUGGUUCGACGAGAGAAAGAAGGACUGGCUCUACCACAUAGUGUACGGCCGCCUUGACCCGGACGAGAGCCAAGAGCGCAGGGCACUGUUCAAACACGACCGCAACGUUCAAGGCGAAGUGAGCGAGUGGAUCGAGCAGGAGGCUAGAGCAUGGGAUCAAGGUGAGGAAGAAGAUGGGUUAGGCGCGUAUUUCGCACUUGGAGUCAGUGCUGCGGGAUGGCAUUCUGGGGCUCUGGUUCUGGUGAAUGACGAGCUGGUCAACAAGGAGCCCGUGUAUCCUUGGGAGCAGAAAAACUUUCCACGACUGAGGCUCGCUGAUGGGACUGAGAUGCCGGGGCAGAGAAAAUUUGAUGAAUGGAGGGAGGGGAGGCCUGACUGGCAGCUCGAUGCGCAGCCUUGGCCGUAA